UCGGGACUCGGGUCUGAUGCUUUUGUGAUCGAGAUUUCUCAGGAUCUCAAGCAAUCUCAAGUAUAAGGUUCCAUUGGAUAUUUUCUCAAUUCUAUCAACACGUCACUUGACUUCGCGCUAUCCACGAAUGGGCAGAUCUGAGAAAUGAAAUGCAACAAAGAAGAACAAUUACUCUGAGUUUGUUUUAAAUCCAACGAAUUUAAAUAACGAGAUUUUAAUUAACGAGUUGUUGCUCCCACGAUGUUUUCGUUUUGUCUGAUUUAAAUUCCCAGUAUAUUUAUUUAAAUAUUAAAUUAUGUUGCAGCAAAAUUUUUCAAAAGAAAAAUUAUUCAUUUACAGACUUGUUUCUCCCGAAUAAGUUUUUGUGCAGAAUAAAAAUUUAAAUUUACCAGAAUGGCGACGUCAACUCAAAAAUCUUGGAAACUCGAGGAUUUUACUGCCCAUAAUUCAAAUGUUAAGUGUCUUGCACUUGGUCACAAAUCAGGACGAGUUUUAGUAACUGGUGGUGAUGACAAACAGGUUAACUUGUGGGCAGUUGGAAAGCCAGAUUGUAUAAUUAGUCUAAGUGGUCAUACUACCGCUAUCGAAUGUGUAAGAUUUGGGCAAGCUGAAGAUACUGUUUGUUCUGGUUCUCAUUCUGGAGCUUUAAAAAUAUGGGAUCUGAAUCGUACGAAGUUGACCAGGACAUUUAUAGGACACAAAGGUGGAAUAAAGUGCAUGGAUUUUCAUCCGUAUGGUGAAUUAUUGACAUCAGGAAGUGUGGAUACUGGGAUUAAAUUGUGGGAUAUUAGAAAACAAGGCUGCGUUUUUACAUACACAGGUCACGCUAAAACAGUCAAUAGUUUAAAAUUUAGUCCCGAUGGUCAAUGGAUCGCUAGUGCAGGAGAAGAAGGAAUUGUCAAGUUAUGGGACCUAAGAGUAGGAAAACUACUGAAAGAAUUUUCAGAGCACAAAGAAGCUGCGACAACAGUCGAGUUUCACCCUCAUGAAUUUUUACUUGCCAGUGGGGGUAUGGACAAGACGGUUCAUUUCUGGGACUUGGAAUCAUUUAAAUUGGUAUCUUCAGUGCAAAAUGUAUCAGCAAUAAGAUGUCUUCAUUUUAGUCAAGACGGGGAGUGUUUAUAUACUGGGACUCAAGAUCUUUUGGAAGUACACCGUUGGGAACCAGCACGAACACUGGACACUGUGACAACUAGUUGGGGUAAAGUUCAAGAUAUUGCUAUUGCACAGACUCAGCUGUUUGCCGCAAGUUUUAAUGGUUCAAAUGUUAAGCUAUUUGUUUGUGAUUUAAAUCAAAUAACGUCUCCUACUAAUUUUUCUGAAUCGUCACCAUUCGCUCAUGGAAAUCCUUCGAGAAAGAGCUUCACGAAAGACAAUUUAAAAAAAAAAGUAGCUCAUGUAAAGACAACAAUUGAAGAAGGUGAUAAUAAAUCAGGAUCAGAUCCCGAUGACGAAAUAUCACAUGUUGAAUUGCCUGCUUUGGCUGAUCGUCAGGAAAUUUUUCAACCUAGUCGUUCACUGUCUCGUACACCUCCACCGGAACCUGAGGCUUUUGCAAGGCCUCAAGAUUUCGAUCCGGCACAGCCACAAAUCAUUCAAAACCUCAGUACUUCAAUGACGAAUUUACACACAACAGAAAAGUUAAAUGUCGAAGACAAUUUAACUCCUUCAGUUUCCAUGCAGCCUCCAUUAUUGUUCACAAAGCCUGUAUCUGUCCGAAAUAGUAUAAAAUCAUCACCGCCAGUUCAGAGACACUUGAUGCAUUCAAACAGUCAAGUUAAAUUAAAUUCCCAGUCUGUAAAUAAUAGUAGUGGUAAAAAUGUUAACAACUGCGCGAAAAUUCCACCGCUGAGGCAAAGUAUUACUCCGUUUAUUGGAAAAAAAUCAAUAUCCAACUCAAAUAUAAAUCAACCUAUGGGACCUCAAAGAUCGAAUUCUACGCUGACAUCUCGAGUCGCUCCAAUGGCAGCAGUUGCUCCAGUUGUCGGAGGCAACGGAAAAUCUAAAAGUCGUGCGCCGAGUCCAGAUUCUCCGAAACAUUUUUUCAAACGACAAAAUAGCUGUCAGGACAGCGAACACGGUUACGAAAGUGAUUUCCCAGUUAAAAUAAACACUAGUAUAAGACACAGUCCUUCGGAUCCAGCAUUGAAUCGACCAAAUACUGGGCAAAUGCGAUCGAAUUCAAUGGCCCGUAAUUUUAUCAACUCCGGACCAUUGUCAGCCAGAAAUCUGUCAGUUGUUAAGAAAAAUAAUCGUGCUCAAGUUACCCCAAGUCUUAAAGUAGAUAUAAGAACACCACAGCCAAGGCCUGUCGAAACGAUUGAGAAAGAUGAAUUCGUGCCAAUUAUUCCGGAUAAACCGAUCGGUUUAGAGGUGGGAGACUUUUUACCGAACUCUUAUGUUGGGUCAGAAAGACUUGGGUACAAUCAGAGAUUAACUGAAAUGUCUGAGGUUGAAGUAAUCAGCAGUGUGACGAGAGGACAUGACUCCAUGAUGACGAUCUUGACGAAUCGUCAAAGAGCUCUUCAAAUUAUUUACUCACUCUGGCAUAGUAAAGAUGUCAAGUCUGCUAUUGAUUCUGCAGUCAGAAUGAACGACUUAUCUGUCAUUGUUGAUCUCCUAGGAGCCCUCAAUUUAAAACCGACAAUUUGGAAUUUGGAUGUUUGCAAUUUGCUACUCAGGCCGAUUGCUGAACUACUCCAGAGCAAAUAUGAAAUGUAUGUGACGGUCGGUUGCACGGCGUUGAAGUUGAUUCUACGGAACUUUGGCCCAGUGAUCAAAUCGAAUGUCGAAGCACCAUUGCAUACCAUUGGCGUCGACGUUUCUCGAGAAGAAAGAUAUCACAAAUGUUUGUCUUGCUAUGAAAAACUCGAAGCAAUGCGGGCAUUAAUAAAUAAAAAACAAAUACGUUCAGGACAAGUAGGAUCAUCUUUCCGUGAAAUAAAUCUGCUGAUGGAUACACUAGUGUGACCGAGGCGAUUACAAGCCGUUGUUUCUGCGGUGCUACAAAAAACUUCCAAAAAGUGUAAAAAUUGCCAAUCCCAUGAAUUGAGACUGAAAUAAAAGGCUACUGUGUACUUUAGUGCAUUUGUUUUACCUCACGGUUGCCGGCUAGUCUUUCCGAGAGAUAAAUCAAUGUAAUUAAAUUUUAAAAGUAUAUUUUUUUUCUUUCCAAAAGUGAUUUAUAUUAAAAAUAUAUUGUUAUGUUAUUUUUAAUGCCAUAUACUCAUCAAGAGCAGAAAUAAUAUAAAGAGACCUUGAGAGAGAACAAUUAAGUUAUUCAGGUAAUACAGCCUGAAUAAUUUAAUUUUACACCAUUAAUCUUUUUGUCUCUUCAUCGUUUUAGGUCUACCGCUCAAAAAUAUGUGAAAUUGUGAAUGAUUGUAAAUGUUGAUCAAGGAAUACAGAUUUAAGUCACAUAUUUUGCGUGGGAUUUUAAUGAUAUUUGUUAUGCAAUUGCUAAUAAUUUAAUAUUUAAUUUGUAAUAUAUAAACGUAUUAUUGAUACAACAAAAAAAGGAUUUCUUGGCGCUAACAAUCUCUGGCAGAUUCGAAUUACGGUAAAUUACGGUGUUUUCAUGGUCAACCGAUUGUGUUUUGUGGUAAAUUACGAAAUUUUACAGUAGAAUACGGUAUUGUACGGUGAAUCACAGCGUUUUAACGGUAAACGAACGGUACUCUACGCUAAUUUACCGGGAUUUUAGGUUAAGGUGCGGUAUUUUACAGCAAUAUACGAUAUGUUAGGUGAAAUACGUUAUUUUUUCAGGUAAACUAACAGUAUUGUACAGCAGAAUGAGUAUCCUCCUCCCUAACGGAUCCGAAUUAUGGUAAAUACAGUGAUUUACCGUAAUUUGCCGUAAUUUACGGCGCCUAGCAAAAUUACCGUAAUUUGCCGUAGAUUACCGUAAUUUACGGUAAUUUUGCUAGGCACCGUAAAUUACGGUAAAUCACUGUAUUUACCGUAAUUCGGAUCCACUAGGGCUAACAGAUCCGAUCUACGGUGAAUUAAGGUAAUUACCGUAAUUUACCGCAAUUUACGAAAACCUGCAGAAUUACCGUAAUUUAGGGAAAAUGUGAGAAAUUCGCCGCAACUUACGGUAUUUUACCGCAAUUUAUCAUAACUUAAGUAACUUACCGUGUUUACGGCGAAUUACCGUAAUCUGCCUAAAUUGCGGUAAAUUACCACAAUACGUAAUUACGGUAAAUUGCCGUAUUGCGUAAUUACGGAAUAUUACCGCAAUGCCGCAAAUGCGGUAAAUUACCGUGAUUUGUCGCAAAUUACGGUAUUUUACCGCAUGUGCGGCAUUGCGGUAACCCCGUAAUUGCGGCAAAUUACGGUAUUUUGCCGUAAAUUACGUAAACUCUGCUGGGCAUCGUAAAUUGUGGUUAAUUACGUUAAUUGCCGUUAUUUAAAGAAGUUCGGGUCUGAUAGGGUAUUUUAAGUCAAAUCCGGUGUUUUGCGGUAAAAUGCGGUAUUCUACGAUGGCAUAUGGUAUUUUUACGGUAAAUUACGGCAUUAUACGGGAGAAUACGGUAUUUUACGGUGAAAUAUUGCAUUUCUACAUUAAACUAAUGAUAUUUUACGGUAGAAGUGCGGUAAUUUCACCGUAAAUUUGCCGCAAUAGAGUGGUAAUUUACCGUACAUUGCGGCAUGCCUGCGGUAUUUCACCGCAAAGUGAAGUACUGCACUGUAAUAACUGUAGAAAUAAAAAAGCACACGCCCUGACGGACCCAAAUUACGGUAAAUCACCAUAAAUUACGGUAAUCUGCCGUAAAAUACUGAUUUACCGUAGUUUUCGACAUUUGCCGUAAUUUACUGUAAUGUACGGCAGCUUUACCGUAAUUUUUGAUAACCCUAGCAGAUCCGAAUUACAGUACCUUACGGUAAUUACCGUAAUUUACGCUAUCUAGCAGGAUCACUGUAUUCUACCGUAACCUACGGCAUUUUACCGUAAUUUGAGGUGUUUUACCGUAAUUUACGGCAAUCACUGUAAUUUACGGUAAUUUACCGCAUUUUUACCAUAAGUUACGGUAAUUCUGCCGGAUACCGCAAAUUACGGUAAUUACCGUAAUUUAUCCUAAUUCAGAUCUGCUAGGGAAUCCACCAUAAAAUACAUAAAUUAUAAGAGGUCCACUGAGGCGGUGCUAACGGUAAAAAUGCCGCAAAUUACGGUAAAUUUCCGUAUUUUUACUGUAACUCGCCGUGCAAUGUCGUAGAUUACUGUAAAUUGCCGUAAAAUGCCGUAGAUCACCCUAUUCAACGGUAAAUUACAUAAAACUGUGAUUCGGAUCCGCUAGGCUAUCAAUCGAAAACAAAAAUUAUUCUGGGGCGAGAAAAAAUUUCCUUGCACCAAGAAAUCCUUUUUUUCUGUGUACUAUUCCCAUUAUAAAUUAAAUGCUAUUGUAUUUAAAUAAAAAAAAAAAUCAUAAAUUUUUUUAUAUUAAAGUGAAACUAAAUCUUGUAUUUUUGCAUUAAAUAAUUUUGCAAAUACAUACAAUAAACCAACUGUUUAUGAAAACUGUAGAUAAGUAGAUCAUGUACAAAAAUGUCGGGAUACAUUUCUGAAAAAUCUGACAAUCACGAUUAAAAAAAAAGUAACGUUGGUUUAUUAAUUUAAAAUUAAUUUUAAAAAUUUAGGUAGCAAAUUUUACAAAGAAUGAGAAAGUAAUUUUUUUGAUUCUUUGUGCGUCGUAAUUAAAAUUUUAUUUUAAAUAUUUUAUAAUUGUUAUUUUUAAAUAUUCUCAUGCUUCUAAACAAGUGAAUAAUAAUUUUCCCGAUUAUUGAAUUAUCUAUACUAAUAAAAAUUCCUUGCACGCUAAGCAAUGAUAGAUCUUGUAAAGAAGUACUCGUUAUUUUAAAUAGCAAUUGAAAUAUAUUUUAAAAAGAUAAAAAUAAAUUUAAAAUAACAUUUGAGUACAAAGUUACUCUGAUAAUACAAUUUAGAGAUUAACGUUGAAUCCGUCCAAAAAUUGAAUUAUUUUAUAAGUAAGAAAAAAAGUGUAGCAUGUACUUAAAAAAAAAAUAUUUAAUAUU